UGUGACCGCGGCGCCAUUUUGUCGCAGGGUGGCUGCUGCUGGUGGCUGCUCUGCCCCCCCCCGCGUCUCCUCAUCAUCCUCCUCCUCUCGCUCUCAACUCUCAACCCACUCCGCCUCGACUCCUCUGUCCGUCGCCUUCUGAACCCUUUCUUUAUAAGUACAUCUUUAAGGCUCCCCCCCCCCCCUCUCUCUCUCUCAUCACCCAGCCACCCGCCCCUUAGAUCGGUCGUCAGUCGCGCUCGCAGCCUGCGGCUUGGACAUCGUCGCCUCGUCGUCUUCUUCGUUUUCUUCGUCUUCGUUGUCUUUGUCGUCGUCGUCUUCUUCUUCGCCGCUUGGCUCGGCUCCGUUGGCGGUUCUCGCGGGGCCCACGGGGAGGCGAGCCGAUAGUCCCGGGCGGGGUUCGCGUCCAUAGACUUGGAGCAGGCCUCGUCGGCCUCCUCGGUUCCCGCUCUCGUCGUCGUUUUGUUGUCGUCGUUGUUGUUGUUGUUUUGUUGUUGUCGUUGUUGUUGACUACUACGACUCGUUAGUUUGGUAGUUGUCUGUCUCCCCCCUACCCACAGCACCACCACCCCCCCUCUCGCUUUCUUCUUUGUUUCGUUUAUUUACUCGUUUGUUCAGAGUUGUGUUGUUAAACUGUUGUUGUUAAAUUGUUGUUGCUUCGGUUGUUGUUGUUAAACUGUUGUUGGUGGUGGUUUCCGUCGUAUCGGCUUUGCCGUCGUUUUAAUUGUUGCCGUAGGGGUUGGCUCGCUGCUGCUGCUGUGUUGGUGGUUGUUGUUGCUGUAGUUGCUGAGUUGUUGUGGUGGUUGUAGUUGUGGUCUCUGUCUCUCUGUUCGAGAAGCCCGGCGUGUUCGCUGCUGUGCUCGUUUGUUUGCCCACAAUUGUUACCGUAGCCAUCGUCAUUGUCCCGCUCGCUGCUGCUGCUGCUGCCGCUCUCUCUCCUUCAUCCUCUUGCCUUGCUCCUCCAUCAUCUUCUUGCCUUGCUCCUCCAUCAUCUUAGUCGUCGUUUCCUUUGCGGGUUCAUUCUUUCCCCUCCUCCCAUCAUCGUCGUCGUCGUCGCCAUGGCCGGCAACUUCGACGCGCACGACCGCGACUCGUGGUACUUCGGGCCUCUGAGCCGCGUGGAGACGCAGCGGCGUCUGCAGGGCCAGCGGCACGGCACCUUCGUGGUGCGUGACUCCACCACGUGCCCGGGCGACUACGUCCUCUCGGUCAGCGAGAACUCGAAGGUGUCGCACUACAUCGUCAACAACCUCGCAGACCGCUUCAAGAUCGGCGACCAGGAGUUCCGAGACCUGCCCGCGCUGCUCGAGUUCUACCGAAUUCAUUAUUUGGACACCACCACGCUCAUUGAGCCCGCGGCGGUGAAGCCCACGGGGGGUCAAGGAGGUCAACAGCAGCUGCCCACGACGGCGGCCACGUCCACGGCUCGUCACCACCUCGACUAUCAACUGCAGGGCUCGUCGCCCUCGCCGCCCGCCUCUAAGAAGAAUCAGCAGGGUGGUGGUGGUGGUGGUGGCAGCGGCGGCGGUGGUGGCGUUGACGAGAGCGUGGAGUUUGUGCGAGCUCUCUUUGACUUCCCCGGCAACGACGAGGAGGACCUGCCCUUCAAGCGCGGCGAGAUUCUCACCAUCGUCGCCAAACCCGAGGAGCAGUGGUGGAGCGCACGCAACAAGGAGGGCCGCACGGGGAUGGUGCCCGUGCCCUACGUGGAGAAAGCAUCGCGGCCACUUUCUUACGCGGCCUCGUCCAUGGCACCGGGCAAUCGCAACAGCUACGGCUCGGGCCAGGGCGGUGACCAGGGGCCGUACGCACACCCCUUGGCCAUCGGUCAGCAGCUUCCCAACCUGCAGAACGGGCCCGUGCUCGCCACUGUGAUCCAGAAGCGAGUGCCCAAUGCCUACGACAAGACGGCGCUUGCGCUAGAUAUUGGUGAGGUGGUCACGGUGACGAAGAUGCACGUCAAUGGGCAGUGGGAAGGGGAGGUGAAUGGCCGAAGGGGCCACUUCCCCUUCACGCACGUGCGGAUCAUAGACCAGGCCAACCCGGAGAACUCCUGAUGGAUGCGACCUUUGCUGUCCUGGCCGUUAUUGUGUUCUUUCAGCCAGACUCUAAAACUGUGACUUUCAAUGGAUAUUUUGUUUCUUAUGAAACUAAAGGCAAGCACGAAAACACAUGGACCUAGUCAAAUGUCAUCUUUGGUGGUUGAAUGUCUUCUUUUUGCCGUGAAACCGUCGAGACCGUCCCACGUCGAUGGGUGAUGGACACACCCAUGGUGCGUUCGUGUGCCCUCGGACCAUGGACUCGCCGGGUUAAAGGACUGCAUGGAAGAAGGAAGAUGCGUUCAGAGUGCAGAACUUGUGUCUGUAGGGCUAAACAUUUCUCUUGCUGUAACUGCCAUUUGUAAUAAUGUGGAGAGAUUUAAUGGUUCUUAAUUAUCAUUAUUAACGACAAUCUUUUAGUUAACUACAACAAUUCCAUUUGUUCUAAGCUUUAUAAACCAAAAUUACAGUCUUUGCAAGGUGAACUUUUUUGUAUAACUGAUUUCUUUGGGUUUCAUAAUUAUUAAUACUGUAUCUUAUUGGCAGUUUUUAACUUUUUAUACCUCUGGUCAAAAUGUAUUUUUUAAGUGAUGACUUAACUUGAAAGCUGACUCGUUGGUAUCCUUGAAAGUUUUUUUCCUUGCAUUCAGUAACAACUGCAACGCGCGCAUAUGUGCAUUAAAUCAUGCCAACAAGUACUGCCGCCAAUUUUUAGUGCCAGUGUGGCUGCACUGUCGUGUGCGUUCUCCACCGCUCGCAUGUACCGUACUCUCCAGGGGUAUGUGUGUCAGCUUGUCCGUUACCACAUUGCCAGCACACGAGCAGAUAUUUGAGCAGGUUAAUUGGGAGUGCUUUCUGUGCCUUUAACUUAUUGCUGUAAAUGCAGGCUUUUCUUCUGCAUUGCUGUCGAUCGGGAAGACUGAUGAAAAUUUUGACUGUCUGCAGCAUCCGAUGUGACCCUUUCGGCGGCGUAUGGUACUCAUUGUUGGUCUGUUAGUUUCAUGUUCGUACUGACCCCGUCAGACUAGAGCAAAUAGACACAUCGGGGGGGCACGAAGAUCGUUUGACCAUAAGAUUCUGCGGCACUGGUCACCUUGCGCCACUAACAUCGACUGUGUGCAUAUCAUCCGGCUGUUUAAAGGGAACGUCUCAGUGCUGUACCGGACCAGGUUUUUCUUUGCGAGCUGGUUGUGAGGUGUAGCUGUCCUUUGGUGGUGGUAGUGCUUGUGUUUGAAUGGUGGACAAGAGCCUUACAAAGCACCAUUUGCUUGUAUGCCAAAUCAGGUCUCUUUUAACUGUUAUGUACAUUGUGGUAGAUCAUGGUUAUUAAUGGUACAUUGUGUACAUGAGGUAAUAUAAAUGCAUUCACGAGCUGCUUUUAUAAUUGGGGGCACUAAAAAGUGAAGAGAAUAAAUGCAAAAUAAACUGGCACGUCCCAAGUUUUAUAAGUUGUUUUAUAAAACGCGUAGGAUUUAAGUCCAUUAACAGUGACCAAAUGCGGACCAGGGUGGCUUCCUCAAAACAACUCUGAUGGCACUUUAAUAUGUUGGUGUUGCUUUCUGCGUACCAUCCUGGCAUGCUUGGGUACAUCAGGUGUGCUCUACCAACCCGGUUUGACCUUUUGCAAGCAGUGCCAUUGAAUGAGAUGCUGAAUUGCUGUGGUCAUUUUGACGAAUGCAGGAGGAAAGAGACGUGAGCCUGAGAAUCCAGAUUCAUUUUUAAUGCCCCGAGGCAACGAAUUCACGCUUGGCCUCGCAUGAUGUUGGGUAUGUUGUAUGAAAUUGUACCGUAAAGAAAUGUAUUUUCAAAGCAGCAUGUAACAUGCAUUGUUCAUUUGUACGCAAUGAGCUCCGAGUAAAUGGUUGAAAACUAAA